GUGGAAUAAAGCGCACUGGGAAGAAACGUGCUCAAGCAAUCUGUUCAUCGUUAAUCGUCAUGUUGAAAAGAGUCGCCAUAUUUGUUAGGGAUGAAGGCUCCUCGUACGUAAAUACUCCCCGAAGGACUCAAAAUAUGGCGGCUUCCAGGCAAGCAUGAGAGUGGAUACUUCUGCGUUAAUCGAAUGAUUGUGGAGUGCUGUCUCUAAACUAAACCUGUAAUAAAUAUCUGCUAAAGGAUAGUUACUCGAAUACGAGGACAUGACAUCCCCUGGUUCCGCUUUGUCUGGAACCAGCGGUUCAACGCUUCAGCCGCGUUGGAAGCGAGUUCUUGGAUGGUCUGGUCCCGUCCCUCGGCCAAGACAUGGACACAGAGCAGUUGCUAUCAAGGAGCUUAUGGUGGUGUUCGGAGGUGGGAAUGAAGGAAUCGUUGAUGAGCUCCACGUCUAUAACACAGCUACCAAUCAGUGGUUUAUCCCAGCCGUCCGUGGGGACAUUCCUCCAGGCUGUGCAGCAUACGGCUUUGUGUGCGAUGGUACUCGACUGCUGGUGUUUGGAGGGAUGGUGGAGUAUGGGAAGUACAGCAAUGACCUUUACGAACUGCAGGCCAGUAGAUGGGAGUGGAAAAAAUUGAAGCCAAAAGCCCCGAAAAAUGGGCCCCCACCUUGCCCCCGCCUGGGCCACAGCUUUUCUCUAGUGGGCAAUAAGUGCUACCUGUUUGGAGGGUUGGCCAAUGACAGUGAAGACCCUAAAAACAACAUUCCCAGGUAUCUAAAUGACCUGUACACACUGGAGCUGCGUCCCGGCUCCUCUGUGGUGGGCUGGGACAUCCCCAUCACAUAUGGAGUUCUGCCUCCCCCACGCGAGAGCCAUACUGCAGUAGUCUACACAGAGAAGGACACCAAGAAGUCACGGCUUGUCAUCUAUGGGGGCAUGAGUGGCUGUCGCUUGGGAGACCUAUGGACCCUCGACAUAGACACCCUCACCUGGAACAAGCCCGGACUGAGUGGCACAGCUCCCCUCCCACGCAGCCUUCACUCAGCCACCACCAUCACAAACAAGAUGUUUGUUUUUGGUGGCUGGGUGCCCUUGGUCAUGGAUGAUGUGAAAGUGGCCACACACGAGAAGGAGUGGAAGUGUACAAAUACACUGGCUUGUCUAAAUUUGGAUUCAAUGAAUUGGGAGAAUGUUUUGAUGGACACCCUGGAAGAUAAUGUACCCAGAGCCCGUGCAGGACACUGUUCAGUGUCAAUUAACUCUAGACUGUAUGUGUGGAGUGGACGUGAUGGGUACCGCAAAGCCUGGAAUAACCAGGUGUGCUGCAAAGACUUGUGGUAUCUCGAGACAGAGAAGCCACAUUCGCCCUCACGUGUGCAGCUGGUCCGUGCCAACACCAACUCCCUGGAGGUGAGCUGGGGCGCUGUGCCUACGGCCGACACCUAUCUGCUGCAGCUACAGAAGUACGACAUCCCCUCUGCCACGGCGGCCACUUCGCCCAACCUCAACGCCGCUACCUCUCUCCCUAGCAACUCCCCUAAGAGCCCCGCACCAGCGUCCGCCGCGCCUGCGGCCCAGAGUCUGCCGCACACUGGCAUCAGCCUGAUGGCCCAGGCCUCCUCCCCGACUGCAUCAGGCCUACCCGUCCUGCCCAACAUGCCAGGCAGCCCACUGGGGGCCGCCACUGCUCGUGGCCCAGCAAUCCUGAAAGUGGCAGCUCCCCACGGUGGCACUGGCACAUCUAUUGUCACUGUGCGUCAAGCCAACCAAAUUGGGAAGUCCCCAGUCACUGUGACAUCACUUCCUGCAGGUGUUCGCAUGGUUAUACCAGCACAAACCACACAAGGAACGCCAAUUGGAAACAGCCCUCAGAUGAGUGGCAUGGCAGCUCUGGCUGCUGCUGCAGCCGCAACACAGAAGAUCCCGCCCUCAUCCACGCCCACAAUGCUGAGUGUUCCAGCUGGCGCUACCAUUGUGAAGACUAUGGCUGCUUCACCAGGAUCCACCACAGUAAAAAUGGCCUCACCCAUCAUGGUGAGCAACCCUGCCACCCGCAUGCUGAAGACGGCCGCAGCUCAGGUUGGCACGGCGACCGUGUCCAGCCCCAACACCGGCACUCGCCCCAUCAUCACUGUGCACAAGUCCGGCACGGUUACAGUGGCGCAGCAAGCCCAGGUGGUCACCACAGUGGUGGGUGGGGUCACUAAGACCAUCACUCUUGUGAAGAGCCCUAUCUCAAUGGCAGGAGGAGGAACACUGUUCUCUAACCUGGGGAAGGUGAUGUCCGUUGUACAGACGAAGCCAGGGCAGUCUGCCUUGACCGGACAGGCCUCCAACAACCCACUCACUCAAAUCAUACAGACAAAAGGGCCCCUCCCUGCAGGCACGAUUCUGAAACUGGUGACCUCAGCGGACGGGAAGCCCACCACCAUCAUCACCACCAGCCAGGCAGGGGUGGCGGGCAGCAAACCCACCAUCCUGGGCGUCAGCAGCAUGUCGCCGACAUCCACCACCAAACCAGGCACCACCCACAUCAUCAAAACCAUCCCCAUGUCUGCCAUCGGGGCACACAGUGGUGUUACCAGUAGUGCUGGGAUGAAGUCCCCCAUCACCAUUUUCACCACCAAGGCCUUCACUGGCACGGGCACCCCUGGCAAGAUCAUCACCACUGUGCCAAAGCUGGGCGGUGCAGCAGGCCAGCAGGGUCUCACUCAGGUGGUUUUGAAGGGAGCACCAGGUCAACCUGGAACGAUCCUGCGAACGGUGCCCAUGAGCGGAGUUAGACUGGUUUCCCCUGUAUCCGUAUCUACUGUUAAGCCAACUGUGACCACCUUGGUUGUCAAAGGAACCACAGGUGUCACUACUCUGGGCACAGUCACAGGGACCGUCUCCAGCAGCCUGGCUGGUGGCAGCGUCACCAGUGCCAACGCCUCCUUGGCGACACCCAUCACCACGCUGGGAAGUAUCGCCACCCUGUCUAGUCAGGUGAUCAACCCAGCGACCAUCACCGUGUCUGCAGCGCAGACUAGCCUCACCACGGCAACAGCCCUCCCCACCACCUCCAUACAGUCAGGGCAGCCCACCCAGGUGACGCUAAUCACGAGCCCCAGCAGCGCAGAGGCUCAGGCGGGUCAGGACCUGCCCGUGUCCAUCCUGGCGUCGCCAACGUCCGAGCAGCCCAGCUCCUCCGAGACAGCCGCCAGCGACACCACUGGCACGGUCACACUGGUCUGCUCCAACCCGCCCUGUGAAACGCACGAGACGGUCACAACCAACACCGCCACCACGGCCACCGCCAACAUGGGAGGGCCUCAGCGAGUCUGCUCCAACCCGCCCUGCGAGACCCACGAAACGGGCACUACCAACACUGCCACCACGGCGUCCUCGAACAUGGGUGGCGCCACUCAGGUUUGCUCCAACCCGCCCUGCGAAACCCAUGAGACGGGCACUACCAACACAGCCACCACAGCGUCCUCAAGCAUGGGUGCCGGUGCCCAGACUGGCACCAGUUCCGCACCGAGGGUUUGCUCCAACCCACCCUGCGAAACCCAUGAGACGGGCACUACCAACACAGCCACCACAGCGUCCUCGAACAUGGGUGCUGGUCACCAGAUGGCCACUGGCACCGCGCAGAGGGUUUGCUCCAACCCACCCUGCGAAACCCACGAGACGGGCACUACCAACACCGCCACCACGGCGUCUUCAAGCAUGGGUGCCGGCGCCCAGACGGGCACCAGUAACACCGCACAGAGGGUUUGCUCCAACCCGCCUUGUGAAACCCAUGAGACGGGCACUACCAACACCGCCACCACAGCGUCCUCAAGCAUGGCAGCUGGCGACCAGACGGGCACUGGUACCGUGCAGAGGGUUUGCUCCAACCCACCCUGCGAAACCCACGAAACGGGCACCACCAACACUGCGACCACAGCUACCUGCAACCUGGAGACUGGAGAAGGCGCAGCCCAACAGAGUACAGAGUCUUCGGAAGCAACCAGCAGCACAGAGGUGCCCUCCACAUCGACCACGGCAGCUGCAUCCAGUCGAGCGGUCACCACAGUUACUCAGGCCACACCCGCACCUGGACCCUCGGUUCCUUCCAUCUCGUCCAUCACUGAGUCGACGUCAGGUGCCGUACCAGCGGAGCUCACUCAGGACACAGCGGGCAGCUCCGAGGCUGUGGCGUCAGAGGAGCCCAUGCAGACAGACUGCCCACCAGAGGGCGCCAUGCCCAUGGAAGAAGGAGAUGCAACUCAGCGCUACAUGUUGCUGGCGGCAUCCUCUCCCCAGCAGUCCGGCAUGUUGAGCACCCCUCUUCUCACGCCUCUCUCUCUUCAUGGUGUCCAGAUGGCGGAGUCUGCAUCCCAGGAGGCCGAGGCCCUGGGCCUGCCCCCAGAGCUCAUGUCCGAGGGCCAGACCGCCACGCUGAUGGUGACCGGCCUGACCCCCGAGGAGCUGGCCGUGACCGCCGCCGCAGAGGCCGCAGCGCAGGCUGCCGCUAAUGAGGAAGCCCAGGCUCUGGCCGCCUCCGAGGAGGCCCAGGCCCUGGCUAUCCAAGCAGUGCUGCAGGCCGCCCAGCAGGCCGUCAUGAGCGAGGGCAACCCCGGCUCGGAGCAGCAGACCCACACCAUCCCCAUCGUGCUCACCCCGCAGGAGCUGGCAGCACUCGUGCAGCAGCAGCAGCAGCUCCAGGAGGCCCAGGCGGCCGCCCAGCUACAGGCGCAGGAGCAGGCCGCGCCCACCGAGGGCCUGGCCCCCGCCGACAGCCUCAACGACCCCGCCUCCGAGAGCAACGGCCACGGCGACAUGGCGGCCGCCGUCUCCAGCGCUGUCGCCGGGCUGCUCCCCAGCACCGCUGCCGAGACAUUGGCACCAUCCAACACCUUCGCAACAGUAGCAGUAGCCAGCCCUGCCAAGAUGCAGGCUGCAGCAACACUGGCUGAAGUGGCCAAUGGCAUCGAGAAGCAGAGUGCUCCUCCUGCCCCGGUCCGAGUGCCAGUAAAGAAAGAGAACCAGUGGUAUGAUGUGGGAAUCGUCAAGGUGACCAACAUGGUGGUGACACAUUAUUAUAUCCCGGGAGGUGACUCUGCCUACACGGAGGAUGACUCGGGAGCCAUGCCCGACUACACUGAAAUGAAGAGGAUGGAGUUGCAACCGGGCACCGCAUACAAGUUCCGAGUCGCGGGCAUCAAUGCCUGCGGGCGUGGCGCCUUCUCAGAAAUAUCUGCUUUCAAGACCUGCCUGCCAGGCUUCCCAGGGGCACCUUGCGCUAUCAAAAUCAGCAAGAGCCCAGAUGGCGCCCACUUGACGUGGGAGCCGCCGUCGGUCACGUCGGGCAAGAUCAUCGAGUACUCGGUGUACCUGGCCAUCCAGAGCUCGCAAACCACCGAGGCCAAGGCGUCGGCGCCGGCCCAGCUGGCCUUCAUGCGGGUGUACUGCGGGCCCAGCCCGUCCUGCCUGGUGCAGUCCUCCAGCCUGUCCAACGCACACAUCGACUACACCACCAAGCCUGCCAUCAUCUUCCGUAUCGCCGCGCGCAAUGAGAAGGGCUACGGCCCUGCCACGCAAGUCCGAUGGCUCCAGGAGUCAAGCAAAGAUGCUGCGGCCAAGCCGGCUGCUAAGAGAGCAGUGUCCUCUCCAGACGUGAAAACUGGUCCUAAGAAGGCGCGGAUGGAUCAGUGAGGCGAUGCUGAGGCCUGUCCCCCCUCCCUCCUCCCCCUCUUUGCAUCCCUCUGCCUCCUCCCCAACCCUUUAGCGACUUUAGAGACUACAGGCACAAACACCAUGGAACAUUUACUGUACCCAGCCAAGCAGUGUGUGUGCGUGUGCGUGCGUGUGUGUGUUUGUUUUUUUGUUUUCUAUCUCUCUCUCUCAACAUUUGGCAUUGCAUCAUUUACCAUUUACCUUUCUCAGCUGUGAACAAAAGAAAUGAUCAAGUACAUUUUACUUUUGUUUCCUCUUUUUUGGUGAUCCCUCCCACCCACCCACACACAUACUUUUUUUAAGCGAUAGGUGGCAUUCCGGAAAAAAGAAAAACCAAAAAAAAAAGCCUUUCUCUUCUGCCAAGUCUUCCUCCUCUUUUUUGAAUUUUUUUUUUGGCCUUCCUGCAUCAUUUCCUAAGUAUGCCAUUUGCUCCUGGCAGGAUUUGAUUAGGUGAUCUUUUUACAAACAGCAUGCCAGGCUGCUGCCAGCUGGCUCGGGUGAGGAGGGAACUGAGCAACUCUGGCAAAACAGGCAGAGGAGUGGCAGGAGUGGACUUUUCAUCCAACAACUCGCAAACAUAAAGUAAAACAAAGCACUUGUCCUUACACACACACUCACACCCAUACACCCACACACAUGCAUACACACACACACAUGCGCGCGCGCACACACACAAACACACACACACAACAUCCCCCCCAUCUUUUUUCUCCGGGGGAAGGACUGCUAUGCUCCCACUCAAAACACAACAAAUGGAGACAUUAACACUGAACGAGUGCAGCUCUGGGAUCCUGGGAAAGGCAUCAGUGUGCACCGGUGUGAGAGGAGACCCAUUUGGGAUGUUGCCACCGUGACGUGAACGGCGGCAUGGACAGGAAGAGGAUCGAGUAGAGAGACAGACUUUGUUACAACCGAGACUUGCAGUAUAUAUUCACAUACACGCCACAUGCAAACAUCUAAACAGAAAAAAAAGAAAAAAAAAACUUCCCAAAAAAUUAGAAAGCUAUGAUGCAGAAUAUCUUUGUGUAGUUUAUUUUUGUAUUUUUACGCUUUUCUCUUGUGUGUAUGUGGAUGUCAAGUGUGUUUCUUUCUUUUUUUGUUUCUUUUUUUUUUUUUUUUUUUUAAUAAUCCCCGUAGUUAUGUCAAACCUGGGCUCGGAAAGGACGUCAUUUUAAAAUCUCAGUUGGACCUGUUCAUUGUUAUUGCAAGAAAAGAGAAGGGGCUUUUGUACUUUGAUUCGGCACGUAGAUGAAAUAGGAACGAAGGGAACUUGGACUUGGACCCAGGGAAAAGAGGGGUUUUUACCUUUCUCUCUUUUUUUUUUCUUCCCCCUCUCCUGUUUACGGCUCUUUUCAAAUGCUCGUCAUCAAUUUAGUGGACAUGUAUGCCAAACAUGGAAUUGUAAAGUAUAUAAUAAACUAAAUCUGUAACUCAUUUUUGACCACCCCCCCUAUCCCCCUAAGCAUACCUUAAUUUUGUUUCUCCCUAGACCCUGGUGUCCAUUUAAUGCUUUUUAAAAUAUAUAUGUAUAAAUAUAUAUUACAGGCUCUAAGACUUCAUGAAUCCUCCCUCAACUACAUUUUUAGAAGUGUUAUAAACAAUUUUUAGAUAUAUUUUCUUUUCCCUUUCUCUCCCCUACCCUCGGCUUAUUUUGUGAAGGAAAAUUAUCUGUGAAGCUCUGAAAUAAAUUUUUACCUUCA